AAGCCACAUAUGGGAAUUGAUGAGUAAGGGUAUAUAGACAUAGACCUUGUAAGAAGUUAUUAGAAGACCAAAAACCAAAUACACAAAAAUUAUUGAAGUGAAAAAGCAAAAUAAUAACAAUAAAACUAAGAAGAAGAAGAAGAAAGCAUGGCUUCUAGUAGGGAGAGAAGAAGGGAGGCUCUUCAACAAAAGUUGAAUCAACUCCGAGAUGUUACAAAUUCUAGUGGUGUGAACAAAGCUUCAAUUAUUGUGGACGCAUCCAGAUACAUAGAGGAGUUGAAGCAAAAAGUGGAGGGACUGAAUUCCGAGCUUGUAAUCCCUGAAACUUCUUCGUCAACCUCUCAAAUUGAUGAUGAACUACCUAUGGUGACAGUGGAAACCCUAGAAAAAGGUUUCCACAUUAACGUGUAUUCAGAGAAGAAUUGCCCUGGUAUGUUGGUCUCAAUACUAAAAGCAUUUGAAGAGCUUGGACUUGAUGUUCUUGAUGCUAGGGUUUCUUGUGAAGACACUUUCCAGCUUCAAGCAGUGGGUGGAGAAAGUCAAAAGAACAAUGAUACUAUUGACGCACAAGUGGUGAAGCAAGCAGUGAUGCAAGCAAUCAACAAAAGUAAUUACUAAAUAAUAAUUAAAUGUAAUAGUAUUGGAAGCACAUA